AUGCCAGGGAUUAUUUGUGAGCAUUGUGGAUACAAAGGUCACCUUAAGGAAAACUGUUUCAAAAGAAUUGGCUAUCCAGCUGAUUUCAAAAGCAAGAGAAAAAAUCAGACUGGAGGAGAAAAGGUUUACACCAACAAUGUAAAUGUAAACAAUGAGGAAGGAAAGGCACCAGCUAUUCAGCUACAGGGGAAUGGACAAUUCUUCACAGAAGAUCAGUACAAGCAGCUAGUCAAGCUUUUGUCAAAACCAGCAACAUUAGAAUGUUCCACAAACAUGACAGGUAUUAUUUCCUUGCUAGCAAAUGUAGGUAUGUGUGAUUGGGUGAUAGACACAGGAGCAACUCAUGAUGUCACAUACUCUAAGGAUAUUCUGAGCAGUGUGAGGAAAAUUGAAGAUCAAGAAAGGAAUGAGGUGCAAUUGCCAACAGGAAACAAGGCACAAAUAACACAUACUAGAGAAGCGUCAGUACUAGGGAAUAAGACGGAUCUUUAUAGUGGCAAGGUGAUGGGGAUUGGUAGAGAGCACAAUGGACUAUAUCUCCUAAAGGAAAACAUAACAGUAGCUGCAGCCGGUUUCUUCAUGAACAAAGGAGCAGCAGGUGAACUCUGGCACUUAAGGUUAGAACAUGCAUCAUUGAAGUCAAUGCAGCAUAUUCCAGAGUUAAAGAAUAAGGUGGACAUGCAGAGUAGCUGUUCAUAUACACCUCAACAAAAUGGCACAGUAGAAAGGAAACAUAGACAUUUACUAGAAAUUGCAAGGGCACUGAUGUUCCAAAGUUAUGUGCCAAUGAGGUUCUGGGGUGACUGCAUUAGAACAACUGCAUAUUUGAUUAACAAACUGCCCACAGAAGUGCUGCAAGGGAAGUGCCCAUAUGAAGUGUUGCAUAACAAGCAAGAAAAAGUAGAGCACUUGAGGGUGUUUGGUUGUUUGUGUUUCGCAAGUAACUUACCUGGUGGUGACAAGUUUACUCAAAGAGAAAGAAACUCAGUCCUUAUAGGAUACUCAAAAACACAAAAAGGGUACACGUUAUAUGAUUUGGAUAGCAAAAGAGUGUCUAUUAGUAGGGAUGUGUCGUUCAGGGAACAAGUAUUUCCCUUCAAGGAAGGACAUCAGAUCAUAGAAGACUUAUUCCCAUGGGCUGAAUCUUUUGUGACACAUGACAUUUCACCUGAACAAUUGGAGCAGGAUUCUUUUAGUGAGGAGCAGGCCACCACAACUCAUGAUCAAGUUGAACUUGUCCAUGAUCAUAUUCCACCUGCACCAGUCAUGGAUUCACCAGCUGCAGCAGACACUCAAACUACAGAACCAAUUGAGACCACAAUAUACUCAGUUGGUACUUCUGCUAUGCAUCAACCUGUAGAACAAGUUGAAGAGCAACCAGUCACAGAUCCAGCCACAAGCCAGUCACAUGAGGAGCAAGUACACACUGAUGAAGCUGUCAGGAAAUCUAGCAGGACUACAAGACCUCCCAUAUGGAUGAAAGACUAUGCUACACCCUCAACACUCAGACUCAUCCUCAUUGUAUCUCAAACACUGUGUCCUACUCUCAUUUGUCAGCCAAUUACAAAGCAUAUUUGGGUGUGUUCUCUGCAACAGUUGAACCAAAGAAUUUCAAGGAAGCCUGUCAGGAUGAAAACUAGGUAG